AUGGAGAAUAAGCAUAAAAAUGAAGCCCGAGCCCUGGCUGAGCAACAUGCGCGUGAAGAGGCUGUAUGGAAAGAGGCUGCGCAGAAGAAAACCACCGAUCUGGAACGCGCCAUGAGUGCAGCACAGCAAGGACUCAGAGAUGCACAAGCGGAAGAAACACGCUUUAUUAAAGAACAACAUAAGGCUAGGAUUGCGCAGUUACGGAUCAACGAACGCGAGCAGAUAGAAAGG